GUUGCACGCAUUCGUAAGCAGAAGCAGAAGGCAAAGCGGAGUCCUAGAGACGCUAGAAACAGCAGCAGCAGCAGCAGCAGCAGAAGAAGACCAGAGAAGACGAGAGAGCUCAUCCGCUGAACCCCACACGGUAAAAAUACGCUGAAGCAGCAGAAGGCCAAGAAGAGGAGCAUGGUGCUCGCAGUGAUGUAACACACACACACACACACACUCUUUGUGCAGAGAGAGAGAGAGAGAGAGAGAGUGAAAGACGCAGGGGGAGUCUGGCGUAGAGCAUUUGAGCGCGUGCCUUUGGAUCUGCAUGCAUUGACGGGUUUCUUCUGCUUGACAGAGACCCGAAAGCUUGGUUCUUUCCAGUCUUUGCGGGUUUCCUAUCUUGUUUGAUGCUUCUCUUCUGGGGAAAGAAAAAGAAAUCAACCCAUCUCCUUCUUUGAGGAGCUGCAACGUUUCUGCAUAUCGGUGGCCGUUCUUGUGAAUCAAGAGAGUGUUUUUUCCUAUUCAAAAGACUGUAUUUUUGUUCUUGGUUUCCGUUUUUUUUUGCCUUAGAUGAAGGCCACUCCUUUAGGGGUGGUGUUGGGUUUUUCCGCGGCUACAGAUUCAUCCUUGAAGGACCACCAACACCACCGGCACCACCACCAAGAAGAGCACCAGAAGUGGCUGAGCACCGAAACCCCAAGCAGCAAAUUGGGGAAUUUCUUUGUGGGUAGUGAGAAAUCCUCUCUUCUUGACAUCAGAAGAAGCCUCAGCCCUCAACCGUCCUCUACGCUGUCUUCCUCACUCAACAGCAGCGGCUGCGCUGGCGCCUCGACCGACACGACCGGGGCGGCGGGGGCGGCCGCGGCGGCGGCCUCGGGCAACAACACGCCCCGGGGCGGCGCUUCAGGAAAAUGUGGGAUGGGAGCGGAGGAUUGGGAAGCUGUCUUGCCCGAGAAUGGUCAAGAGCAAUCAAUUAUGAGGAUGAUAAUGGGCGACAUUGAGGACCCAUCUGUUGGGCUGAGCAAGCUGUUGCAGGGCACUGGUGGGUCUCAAGAAUUGGCAUUCGGUGCAGGAUUUGGGGAGCUGGAUCAAGGUUUCAGCUUUGAACCUAUGACUGGUUCCAAUUUGAACAGCGAGGCUUCUCUGCAUGAUUGCGGCUCCGAUUUCCCUCUCGGUGGCUCAAAUGUUCACGGCAACAAUGUAAGAAUUCCUUCAGUCUCAAACCCAAUCCUCUUUCCUGGCCAAAGAAAACCCAAUUCCUUUUCCAGUUCUUCAGCAAACAAUGCUCUUGUGCCUGCUUUGCCUCUUGGUGUUUUCCAGCUACAGCAGGAUGGAUCUCUAGAUGAAAAGCCAAUGGUUUUUGAUCCCCAAGCAAUUGUUAAUCAGAACCAGGCAACGUAUCCUCAAAAUCCUUCCUUUUUUGUGCCACUGGGGCAUACCCAGAUGCAAGAUCAUGACCUAUUGUCGGCGCCACCUCCGAAGAGGCAGAAUUCUGGCCCAGGUGGACCGAAUUAUUCGAGUUCAAGAACUGGGUUGGUGAAUUCGGGACAGGAUACGUUCGUUCGGCAUCAAGAGCAGUAUCACUUUCAUCCUCAGCAGUUUCAAACACAGAGGCCUGUGCCUGCUGCAAUGAAACAGAAGAUGAGCGAUGAAUUACCAAACCACCAGGUUCAGCAGGCGAUAGUUGACCAGCUUUAUAAGGCUGUGGAGCUGAUCGAAGCAGGGAACCCGGAACUCGCGCAAGGGAUAUUGGCGCGGCUCAAUCACCAGCUCUCUCCUAUCGGUAAGCCUUUUAUCAGGGCUGCCUUUUAUGUCAAAGAGGCUUUGCAGUUGCUCCUCCAAACUAAUUCGACCAAUCCUCUGGCGUUUUCGCCUUUUAGUUUGAUUUACAAGAUCGGUGCUUAUAAGUCUUUCUCCGAAGUCUCUCCUGUCCUUCAAUUUGCAAACUUUACUUGCAACCAAGCCUUUCUUGAAGCAUUGGAAGGAUAUGAUAGAGUUCACAUAUUGAGCUUUGAUGUUGGGUAUGGUGGGCAAUGGGCUUCUUUGAUGCAAGAACUUGCAUUACGCAACAAAGGCUCUCGCUCGCUUAAGAUUACUGCUUUCGCAUCUCCUAUGAUCCAUGACGAGCUCGAGCUGGGCCUCACACAAGAGAAUCUUAAGCAUUUUGCAAACGAAUUGAAUAUCUAUGUAGAAUUUGAAGUUGUGAACAUUGAGGCUUUAAGUUCAAGUUCUUGGCCAGAGCCCCUUAACAUAAGGGAUGGUGAGGCUAUCGCUGUGAACCUUCCAAUUGCUUCCUUUUCAUCUCACCCGUCGAUUCUUCCUUCAGUGCUUCGAUUUAUAAAGCAACUGUCGCCAAAAAUUGUGGUAUCAUUGGAUAGAAGUUGUGACCGAAUCGAUGCUCCAUUUCCCCAACAUGUAGUCCAAGCCCUCAAUAGUUAUUCCAGCUUGCUUGAAUCUCUUGACGCCCUGAAUGUGAACUUUGACGUUAUGCAAAAGAUUGAAAGGUAUUUUCUUCAACCGGGCAUCGAGAAAAUUAUAAGGGGUCGGCACCGAUCACCAGAGAAGACUGAUUCAUGGAGGUCACUGUUUUUGUCAUCCGGGUUCUCCCCAUUAGCAUUUAGUAAUUUCAACGAGUCCCAAGCUGAGUGCCUUGUGCAGCGGACCCCAGUUCGGGGAUUCCAUGUGGAGAAGAGACAGCAUUCACUUGUGCUCUGCUGGCAGCGAAAAGAGCUUCUAUCUGUUUCUGCUUGGAGAUACUGAGGAGCUGCAUUCUGCGAAUUUGGUCUGCAGAUUAGAGUUCCUCUUGAAGGUGACUCAUAACUCAGCACCUUUAGUUUCUGAUAUUCUCCUCUUUUGUUUUUCUUUUUAAUCCUUGCUGAUGGCUCUAGUAUUGCUAAUUGCAUAUGCAGUUUAGGUCUUAGUGUCUCCAAUUAAAGACCAAAGAAUUCAGUACAUGGAUCAGUCUGCACUGUUUAGUAUUUUAUCGUGGUAUGGGUGUUUGUAUGUCAUUUGUACCGUCUACUUGGUUGUAACCGAUUGUUGUACACUUUGAGAACAAUGCUAUUCAAGAUAUUGGCAAGAAAAAAAUUUAGCCGCUAAAAU